AAAUGUCUAUCAGAAUACGGAGAGUGAGUUUGUUUCACUUUAGUUGUUGAGCGAUCGAUUGAGCCAGUGACAAUUUAGUGGCAAACUUUUGAUUCGUGAAAAACUUUUGAGGAAAAAUGAGUGGCCAAAACCGAAAGAAUGUUCUGAAAUUACCUAAUGGAAUCAGCAAUCGUUCAGAUGAAGUCCAAUCAGAUUUGAACUUUUUGAUCCUGAGAUACUUGAGAGCGAAGGUUGACACUGAUACCUACAAAGGACUGAGUGAAAUAUUGAAAUCGACGUCUAUCUUCUCACAGAUAUCCGCAUUUCCUGACAGUUUCCGAAAUGUGCCUGAUGACUAUUUACUGCUGGUGUGCAAGCGAGCCCUGAACCUGGCUGACCUCCAAGUUCCCAAUGGAGUCUCUAAGGUGCAGUCUUUGCUCGGAACUGGCAGAUUCUCCCUGCUGCGUACUAGCAAGGAUGUGAGCUGCGUUGACUGGACUGAAACGAAGCUGAUUGCCUCUCACAAGCAGUGCUCACUUCUACCUCCGCCAUCCUGUACCAACCCCAUCAACAUAGCGAAUGUGGUGAGGGCAAGAGCUAUAACUGGAAGGGCUCUACCGAGUCUUGUGCAGUCACCAUUUGUAGUGUUUGCCAAAAUGCGACACCUAACGAGGGUGCUUGGACACUUGAUGCACGUGUACUGCUGUUAUUUUGACAGAACGGGCACCAGAGUAUUUACGGGUGCCGAUGAUGGACUCGUUAAAUGCUGGGAUGCCCGAAGUGGUAGACUCCUCUGCUCGUUCCGAGGUUUCGAAGCAGAAGUCGCGGACGUGUUGACAAAUCAGGAGAACACACUGUUAGCAGCCGGCGGGAAUGACUCGUCUGUGCGCGUGUGGGACCUGCACACGACUGCACCUGUUGCCGUUUUGAAGAGUCACGGAGGGCUAUUGUCUUCAAUUGAAUUUUCUCCUUGGGUUGAUGGACAGAAACGCUUCCUUGCAUCAACAGCUCUCGACGGAACUCUGUGCAUCUGGCCUCAUAUCGGCACCAAUUUUGACUUCCCGCCCAUAGUUUUCAGUGAAAAGGACAAGCCCAACUCACAAACCCUGUGCCUUUCUUUUAGUCCAGGCGGCGCUUUGUUAGUGACAGGAAGCUCAGAGCAUGUACUUAGAAUCUAUCAUUUCAACUCAUCAGGAGCUGUUAGUCGAAUAGCAGAGAUCAACGCACACCAGGAUAAGAUUGACAGUAUAGAGUUUAGUCAUUGCGGGGAUAAGUUCAUCAGUGGGAGUAGAGAUGGAACGGCCAAGGUGUGGAGCCUGCAGCAGAAACAAGUUGACCAGAGAUUACAGUGGUCUUUUGAGAGUGUGACCUUGAAUGUGAACGAGCACAGCGUAGAUGGAGAUCAAUCUAAUGAUAGUCGAGUCAGUUCCUCCAACCUACAAGCUGAUAAAAACGCAACCAAACUGCGGGUACUUAUGGUAACAUGGGACCUUCAAGACAGGAGAGUUUACACUUCGGCAAGUGAUUUCUCGAUACGAGUUUGGGAUCCUACUUCGGGAAAGCACAUGGGUGCUUUCAAGGGACACCAGGACGAAGCUUACGUCAUUCAACCGCACCCGUUUAAUCCCAGAGUCUUGUUAAGUGGGAGUCAUGACGGUUACUUGAUCAUUUGGGACUGCUAUACGUUCCAACCAAUCAAGAAGUUUUACAACCAGAUGGAAGGCCAAGGAUUCAGCUCAGUGUUCGACUGCAAAUGGUCACCUGACGGAUUAAGCAUAGCUGCCACUGAUGCGUUCGGUCAACUGCUCAUUAUCGGUCAUGGCAACGUUCAGCCUUACCAGAAUAUUGAGUAUGAACAAUUCUUCCACACUGACUACAGGCCGCUUCUCUGGGACGAAAGGGGGACUGUUUUGGACGAGCAGACUCGAAUUGCACCACACCUGAUGGUACCUCCCUUCCUUGUCAAUGGAGAUGGUGCUCCUUAUCCACCAGAAAUCCAAAGAAAAGUGCCUGGAAGGGAAAACUUAACGGAUGCUUUGCAGGUGGCGGUCACUAAUAGGUCAGAAGAAGGUCCACUGCGAGUUAUUUCUGGAGUAUCCGCCUUGGAUUCAAUGAUCGAGCGACUUGCAAAUCAACAACGCCAAAAUGGCGUCCUCAGUCCCGAAAACGCAGCGCCAGCAACCGUUUCUGGGACUAGACCAAAUAUUUCCCCGGUGGGAUCUCAUGCAGUUGCAUCCAACACUCUUAGUCCGUUGUUUGCGUCCCAGCUGGACCAGAUCAAAAGUUCAUUUGCUGUGUGGUCCCACAGAAUACUCGCACCGCCAUUGAAUGAGCAAGCUACUUCCGCAAACAUGAAGAUGAGGAAGAGAUUAUACGCGAGUGACAUGGCAACGUGGCAUCCUAACAACCUUAGAAGACAGUUCAAACGGGAACUAAGAAUUCGCGAAAAUAGAGAAGCAGCUCGACUGAAAGAAGCACUUGAGCGUCAAGCACCUUUCGCUCACCUUGUAGCAUCAGGAUCUCGGGCUCAACCUCCCGCAUCGUCAACGCGACGAAGAGCACCACGAGCUCCAGUUGCGGACCCGCCGAUUGUGACAGCGAACGCUAGUGGCUCCAAUAAAGAGGAAGUGACCGCCAGUUUUCUCAUAAAUGAAGAGUCGAACUUGAACCCUCCUGAAAGUCUGUCUGGUUUGUCCGUAGUUGAUGAGGCGGAAGAGUCCACUAUUACGUCUUCGCAAAGUUCACAUCAGCCAAUCCUCGAAGGCAGUUCCAGUCCACGUAAAGGAGACUCAAAAGACUUGGACAUAUCAAAUGUUACAAUUAAACUGGGAGUAGAUAAUGGAGGCGGAGGAGCGGGAAAGAAGAGUUUCGUGAUUGAAGACUCGAAUGAGGCGGCUGCGGCAGUGAUGAGUGACGACUACUACGAAAAGUGUAGUGGGUCCAGCAGUGGAUCCAGCUCAGAGGCUGAAGAUGACGGCUUGGGAUUGAUGCACCAUGCGUACGACAAGGAGUCUUCGAACGAAAGUAGUGCCAGCUAUGAGGGAAUGUACGGAUCAGAUGACCCUGACUUUGACAUGAAUCGGGCAAGAAGAAGCACCAUGGAAGAACUGAUGCCAGUAUCCUACUCCUCAGGAGCCAGAAAGAAACUCCUGAUGUCCAAGAAACUCACAAGUGGUGACAGCUCGUCCAGUCCUCGGAAACGGAAGAGACCGAAGCUGAAACAUGACGUCAUGCUGAAAGGGAAGAGAAGGAAGAGAACCAUGAAAAGACGCCCGAGGAGUCUGAGCGAUUCUGAGGGACGUCGAAAGCGCAUCAAGUACAGAGAAACUUCUCAGCACAGAAAAUCUCGCAUCAAAAAGGCGUUUGACUCCGAAUCAGAUUCAUCCAUGGUGAAAGCUGAUCAUUCAAAACGGAACAGUGCCCAUGGACCCAAUUUCCUUGGAUACGAAAGAGGACCCAAACGAAACGCGGCUAAACAAGCCCAGCUCCAGGUUUUUGAGCACACGCCUUCGUAUUCGAAGUGGGUCACGGAUACAGUAAUGCAUCGGACUCCUUACGUGCCUCAGAUUGGAGACACGGUCUACUUCUUUCCAGCUGGACAUGAUAUAUACAGAAAGAGGGUCCAGACCAUUGAACUUUACUUAUUGCAAGAGUUUUGUCCACAAGUUGAACUGCCGAGAUGUAUAAAAGGAUCCAAGCGUAUUCUCGGGCAAGUUGUGGAGCUCAAGUAUAGAAGUGUGCCAGCCUAUCCAACAAAGUCAAUAGUUUCUGGAAUUUUAAAUGGUGAUAUUGGAUCUCACCUGCAGUUAUGCACAGCGACUGUAGUUCCUCUUAUCGACGAUAACUCAACUUCCCCUUGCACUCAGCCGAUUCCUGACUGUGAGCCGAUUGAGAUCACGUGGCACGACCUAGAACACAUUGAGGACUGUAUACUGCUGCACCAUGUCGUGAGGGAGGCUAUAAAUCAGAACUGGCAAGUUGGAGACAGGUUCAAGAUACCUCUAGAAAACAAAUGGUUUUAUGGAACUAUUGGGGAGAUAAAACCGAACAAUGGCGGAUUCAGUUGCGCAAUAGUCAAGUAUGAUAAUGGAGACGAUGACGUCAUCAGUAUGUGGGAUAUGAAGAAGUUGACAGAUGAUGAUCAACAGGUGUUGUACAAGAGUGGGAGUGGCAAGAGGUUUGGCUGCGUGGCGUGCAUAGAUAUGAAGCCAGAGGACGAACUGCAGUUCCAGUACAACUCCCUCGGCGGAGAGUGGGGCGACUCAGAUAGACACAAAGAAAUGGACAGGAUCAAAGAUUGUCUCAUCCAAUUGGCUGAUGAGAAAAUAGCCGAACAAUUUGGAGCUCCAGUUGACCUAUCUCUGUUCCCAACAUACAUCGACUAUAUUGGGUACCCAACUGAUCUACUGACGAUUAAGCAAAGGAUCGAGAGUGGCUUCUAUCGGCGCAUGAUGGCCUUGACGUGGGAGGUUGACUUGGUGGCACAGAAUGCGGAGAAGUUCAAUUAUCCGACUGCUCCUAUAGUCGCAAACGCAAGAGUAGUCACGGCUAUCUUGAAGUACAUUGUCAGGGAGCAGACUUGUGUAGAUGUAAAGCCAGUGAUUGGAAGAAUGAAAGAUACACUCCUCAUGAAUCCCAAGAUUGACCUCACCUCGCAGUUGAGAACUUCAAAAUUUGAUUCCUCUUGGAAGAGUCAAUGUGCUUCGCUAAUGGUGCAACUCAUGAGCAGACCAGAGUCCGUUCACAUCCGUGAGUCGGUUAUGGGCGAAUCUGGAAUCAACAGUGGUGGCAGUGAAGUCGGAACUUCAGCUCAGACUGGUUCGAAUUCUGGUGAACAUUCAUUCCAGAGGAACCGCACUGAAAGCUCGCUCAAUUUGUGUCUGAUUCAAAGUAAAUUGAAUAUGGAUUUAUACGAGGACCCAUUGCAAUUUGCGAAUGAUAUCCGAGUCUUGUUCAAUGAGUCAAAACUGUGCAAUGCCUCCAAGAAGUCACGAACAAAAGCAAUGACGAUCAAGUUAUCUGGAAUUUUUGAGGAGCAUUUUCAAGUCAUUUUUGAGGACUACAAAGAAGCACGGCGCUUCUACGAAAAUGUCAACUUCGGGGGUCGCAAUCGCAAUUUUUUCCUUUGCCAGAAGAGCUCUAGGCACCUCAAGAAGAAGUUUCCACGCAAGAGUCGUGAGUCUGAAAGUGAAAUGGACCAAGAUGCGAGAAACAGUGCUGGAACUCCCGAAGCCACGAGUUCAAACCAUCUGAUGACUAUAAACGAAGAAGAAACCAAUAACGUCACUCGAAGACCGGAUGUGUGUGAAAACAAUUUACAAUUUGAAGACGAAACUGAUGAAAAUGAAGCAAUGACGUCCUCCUGUUCUUCACAGGAAGAGAAUGAUAAUGAAGAAACUCUUGUAUAUGAUGAUCGAAAUGAAGAUACUCGUAAAUUUCAAUCCGAAACUGAGAAAACCAUACCUGUGACACCUGAUGAACAAAAUUCCGACGAUCAAGUUCAAAAUAUUGAAGUUGAUCACGAAGAAACUGUCAAAGUGAACGGAUAUGAAAACGCAGAAGAUGAUCAGUUACUUGAAGUUGAUGAUGAUUAUGAUGAUGAUAAUCUUGAUGACAAGGAUUCAGAUAAAAAUCAAAUUGAAGCUUCUGAAUUAAGUGAAGAUGUUGAGCAACCGAAAGUUUCUAGGCCUGAUUUCAUUAAAAAACCGACAAGAAACGUGGAAAGUCACGAAACAUUUUAUGUGAAAUCAGACGUCGAGUUUGAAGAAUGUGUUUCGUAUUCUUUUCGCAAUAGAAAUCCUGAAUGUACUCUCAAAGAGCAAAGUUCCAGUUCAGAGUCGGAAGACUCAUAUCAGGAAAAACCGCCUCCUCGUUCUGUACGCAGAGAUCCUGCUCCUUCAAAGUGCUCAAAUAGCUCACGGUCUUCAAGAUCAACAUUGGCGAAAGGUUCAAGGCCAUUGCCACCCCCUCUUGAACCGUCUCCGAAAAAGCGCAGAGUGGCAAAAAACAGAUCAAAAAGGCCAAAUGAAAUGCGAUCGGAAGCAUCGUCAAAUAAAUCCCAGAGGUCAUCUGCCAGAAUCGCAACUUCUAGGUCGCUUAACUUAACUUACAUGUACUAUUACGAAUCAGAUUAUGGCUUUUCAGAUGAAAACUAACUCGACCUAUUCGCUAAAAAAACUUGGUAAAAUUUGAAGUUGUGAAUUGAAAUUUAAAGUUUAUGUAACUAACAGUUACGAUUGAACUGUCUACUUACCUUUGUAUUCUGUAUUGUAGUGGUCUAGUGAAAUCUUUUUAAUUUAUCUUAAUGCUUUUUUGGGCUAGUCUCAAGGUAUUUACUCGAAAUUUUAUAACCUGAAUUAAAAAAUUUUUCUAUCUCA